UUAUUUGUGUUAUUUGCAAAAAUGAAUUCAGCAAAAAAACAUCAAUGGGUACAUUAUGCAAGCAUCUUGAUACACAACACCCAGGGUGGAGUACGAUUGAACUUUUUUGGAUUGUUUCAGAUACCUUACCCUUUUCAACUGUUGAAAGUAAAGCAUUAAUUGCUUUGUUACACUUUCUUAAUACCACUCUUGAGUUACCUUCACGUGAAACCAUCAAGUCAAUUGUACAAAAUUCUUUUAUUUCAAUGAGAAGUGAUGUUCAAGCCCUUUUUGGGCAAAUUUUUAGUAAUAUUUCAAUUACGUUGGAUAUUUGGACUUCUCGUGCUAAUAUGCCUUUUCUUGGUAUUACCGCACACUGGAUCAACAGUAAUUGGAACCUAAAAAAAAUUUUAGUCGAUAUGUGCAUGCUACUGCAUCCACAUACCGGUGAGAAUAUUGAAACAAAACUAGAAUCUAUUUUAGCAACUUUUAAUAUUACUACGAAGAUUAUUUGUGCAACUACAGAUAGUGGAUCUAAUGUUAUUUCUGCAAUUCGUUUAUUAAACAUGCACUUAUCUAUGCAAAAUUUUUAUUUUUAUUCACGUCAUUGUCUUGCACAUGUUCUGCAUCUCAUUGUUAUGGCAGGAAUGACACCAAUUAAAACAUCAAUUGAAAAA